GUAAUUAAAUUGUUUUUCCCAAUAUCCCAGGACAUAACUUCUUCGAGGAGAAAUCAUUUAUCUCAUAAAUUUUAAGUGUUUUCUCACAUGGGUUUCUUCUCAAAAUUCAUGGCUAUCAAAUUUGUGUCAUUGUUUCUUUGGCUUCUUUUAUUAAUACCCUCGAGUUUCGAAGAAGAAGGUUUUGUCUCUGUGGUGAUAUCAGACAAGGGUCUUGAUUUUUCAAAGGAUUUGUUAAUAGAGAAAGCUAUUAACUCUAUUAUUCCCCUUCAUCUCCCUCUGAUUGAAAAAUAUGUGCAAGUCCCUUUAAUUGGCAAGGUUCACGUCGUUCUUUCUAAUAUCACAAUCUACAGCGUUGAUGUCCCUUCUUCAUAUGUGGAGACUGGCGAGAUGGGUAUUGCUAUAAUUGCUUCGGGUGCUACUGCAAAGUUGAGUAUGAAUUGGAAGUACUCUUACAGUAGCUGGUUUUUUGAGAUUUCUGAUGAUGGGAGAGCCUCUAUUCAGGUUGAAGGUAUGGAUGUGGGUGCCACAGUGGCUUUGGAGGACCAAGAAGGAUCUCUCAAACUUUCCAUUCUGGAAUCUGGAUGCUAUGUCAAAGAUAUCUCAAUAAAGGUGGAUGGCGGAGCAUCCUGGCUUUACCAAGGGUUAGUUGAUGCUUUUCAAGGGAAUAUAGAGUCUCUUGUUGAAGAUGCUAUUUCUAAGAAGAUUGGAGAAGGGAUAGCGAGGCUCAACUCGUUAUUGCAAUCACUUCCUAAGCAAAUUGCAGUCUAUGAUAUUGCUGCAAUGAAUGUUACUUUUGUUGGCAAGCCUGUUUUGAGCAGUUCUUCUACUGAAUUUGAGAUCAAUGGUUUAUUCAUGGCUAUUGAUGAUUUAACUUCUAGACUUUACCAUAAAAAUUUAGUAGAUCGUGUUUCCUGCAAUGCUUCUAGUAAGAUGAUCGAGAUUUCGCUACAUGAAAAAGUUUUCAACUCAGUGUCCCUACUUUUCUUCAAUGCAGGUUAUAUGCACUGGAUUGUUGACAAAGUACCCGAUCAAUCACUUUUGAACACGUCUAAAUGGAAAUAUGCAGUUCCCCAACUGUACAAGAAGUAUCCAAAUCACCCCAUGGAUCUUAAUAUAUCUGUAUCUUCUCCACCGAUUGUAAAAGUUAAAAAUAACGACAUCGAAACAACAAUCUACUCAGCUGUCAUAAUUAACGUUCUUGAUGCUGCUGAAGUCAUACCAGUUGUGUGCAUGUCAUUGGAGAUUGCUGGCUCAUGCUCUCCGAAAAUUGUGGAGAACAGACUGGUUGGUACUCUUAAACUGAAAGACUUCACAACAGUUCUGAAGUGGAGCGAAAUUGGGGACCUUCACAUGCAUUUAGUUCAGUCUGUAAUGUCAGCCCUCCUCAAAACGGUCGUCAUACCAUACGUAAACUUGCACCUUUGGAAGGGAAUGCCUCUGCCAAUUUUUUGCGGUUUUAUGCUUCAGAAUGCUGAAGUCUCUUGCAUGAAUGACACAAAGCUUGUGAUAUGCAGUGAUGUUACAUUUACAGAACAGUGGCAAUUGGGUAGGCAAUUUGUAUGAGCCAAUUUGUUUUGAGGUAAUGAUGUAUAUAGUAGGUGUACAUUUGUUGUUAGGAUUAGUUUAAGUAGAGUUAUAUUUCAUCUGUAUGUAAAACAUCGACACAAAUCCAAGAAAAAAAAAUGCAGUCAGAUUUUGAUGGUCUUACUUUUCCAA